GUAGGCAAUCCGUUUUCGCGAAGCUCGGAAGAUUUCAUGGAAGAUGUGGAAAGCCAAACUUCGCAAGAUAUUGCUACUCCUCAGUCUUACUUAUUGCGGCUACUAUGGCCACUGUAGUUGUUAUGGCUGCAGAACAUUUUGCGGUUCAACACUCACCCCAAGAAGUGUCCAGAAGCGUGCCAACUUGGGAAGCUCAGCAGAAGCAGCAUCGUUUCUUCCAUCCAUCGAAGUGCUUGAGGAUUUGGGUUUCUAUGCCUGGCAACCGCCCAGUCGCCCAACGAAAGGCAUGGGGCAAGUCACAGCUGAUGACAUCAGAGAUGGCCUUGAAACUGAUGAUCAAGUAAAUCAGCUCGCUCUGAAGGACGUGAAGUUGCCUGUGAGUUUCCGGGAGCUAAGACCUCAACGGACCUCUGCUGGCAGCUUUCCCUUCCAUGGUGGUAUGAUGGCAUGUCUCCAUGUGGCCGCGAAGAGAGUGGAUCUUCAAGACAUCGACUUCCUCAUUGGUGGCAGCAUCUUGGCAUUCCUCUGCGAAAAAGGAAAGAAAAAUGCCAUGUAUUUGGCGCAGAAGUGCCCUGGCACAAACAUUGUGGUCAUGAGCAAACACAAGACCUACGAGCAGAAUUUUGGCCAGAGGGGAUUUCAAUUUGAACGCCUUGUAACCGGACAGGAAAUGUAUGGCUUGCAUGACCUGACGACGCAUGAACACCUUCAGCUUCUGCGCAUCGGCAAAUUCCGAGUUCUGGUCACAGCAGAAGUGGAUGCUGUGGAUGAUCAGGGAAGGCCUGUGGAAAUAAAAAGUGGUGACCCACGGUUUUUUGGCAUCAAAGAAAUGCUUCAGAUGAUCUCAAGUGGAUCCCAACUGCUGAUUCAUCCAUAUACCAAGCAACUUGAAGUGAUGGAGAUUCUCCGCAAACCCAUUGAAGACUUGGCGCAUCAAGCAGGUUCAGAAGAGCUGCAGAAGAUGGAUGGUUGAAUUGUUGCUGCAUUUCAGCAAUUGGAUGCAUCAAAGCAGUCCAUGACCGACGAGCCAUACCGCAUCAUCCUUUCCAAUGGUCACCUGCAGUUGGCGUCACAGGGGGAAACCUUACUCCCCCUGCCCCAGGUGAUUGAGGAACUACUGGAGGAUGACGAGGAUGACGAGACUUGAGCAGAAAGAUUGUGGCCCAUUGUCCAAUUUCACUCAGUUGGGCUAGUUUCAAAAAGGGAAA